CUCUAGCAUCUCGGCCAAAGAGGAAGGAAGGAUGCCGGGCAGGAAGGGGCUCUUGAUCCAUCUGUGAGGCCGGUUGCCUUCGUCCGGGAGCUGGACGGGAUGGAGUGGACACCGGGUUGUGUGCUGAGUUUGUGCCUGUGUUUGUGAUGCCUGCCGAGCCGCCCAAAGAUCCGACCAAGGGAACCGACACCCGGAGAUGGAGCAUCCGCCGGACUGUGAAGUGGUCACCUCCAACACGGAAGUGAAUGAGGAGGAAGAGGAGGAUGAAGAGGACGAGGAGGAGGAAGAAGAAGAGGAGGAGGAGGAAGGGGAGGGAGUGCCGGUUAAGAACCUGGGCUCCUUGGACGACGACGACGAAGACGACAAGGCAUCGGACCUCUCUGACCAAGAGCUGGACCAGAACCUCAGAGCUCAGGUGCUCCAACUGCUGGACGACCUGGAAGAGGCCAGAGAGACGGCUCUCAAACAUGAGGACGACUCCUUGGAGUUGCAAGGCCUGCUGGAGGACGAGCGAUUGGCCAGCGCUCAGCAAGCGGAGAUCUUCACAAAGCAGAUCCAGAGGCUCCAAGCUCAGAUGCGUUCUCUGAAGGAUGAGUACGAUUCCCUGCAAGGAGUGAAGGAUGUUGAGCUGGAACGCGUCGAACGGGAGCUACGGGAAGCCAACGAGGAGAUCCACAACCUGCGCUUGGAUGCCGAGGAGGCCGCCGCUUUGCACGAAAACGAAAUCGCUGGCUUGCAAGAGGAGCUUUGCCGGCUGAAAGCGGAGCUGGAUCGGGUGCAGCAGGUCCGGAACGAGUAUGACAUGGAAAUCACUGCCCUGAGGGCCGAGAUCAAUAUGAAGAAGUCACCUCCAGGCACAUCAGCCAGCCCAUCUGUGUCUGAGUUGGCUACGAUGUCAGAUAUGGAAGAGCAGCUUUCCAACGCCAAUGAGGAAGUGGGCCACCUACAAGAGGAACUCCAGACCCUCAAGGCUCAAUACCACGACCUGAGCGACGAGUACCAGAUCUUGCAGGAGAGCAACAGGGUCAUGGUCCACCAGCUGGAGAGACUGGAAGCCAUCAAGUACAAGACCAGAAGCAAGUCGGAAUCCGAGUCCAUGGACUCGGAUUCAGAGCCGGAGCAGGUCCCGGUCGAUCCCAGCAUCCGCCGGGUCUCCAUCGCCCGGAGGAACACCCUGCGUGCGGGCGCCAGCGUCUCCUUCAAGUCGGUGGAGGUCGUGGGCACCAGCAGCACGGAGGGCGAGGAGAAGAUGGAGAAGCUGGAGGAGGAGGACGAGUAUGACCUAGAGAACCAGCUGAUGAUGGAGGAGGAGAAGGUGGAGCUGGUGCAGGCGCAAUACGAACCAGACACAUUCAGCUUGUCCCAGUCCAGCCACUACGGGUGGAGGACUAAGUCCAGAGAUCUCACGGAAGGAGAGUUCUCAGGAAGAAAGGCCUCUGAGUACGAACCAGACACAUUCAGCUUGUCCCGGUCCAGCUACCGCGGGUGGAGGACUAAGUCCAGAGAUCUCACGGAAGGAGAGUUCUCAGGAAGAAAGGCCUCUGAGUACGGACCAGACUCAUUCAGCUUGUCCUCGUCCAUCCACCGCGGGUGGAGGGCUAAGUCCAGAGAUCUCACGGAAGGAGAGCUCGCAGGAAGGAAGGCCUCUGAGCAGCCUGACGAACCCGUAUCGAUUCUGUGCAAUAAGGAGAGCCAGCGCAGCCACACCGACAGGAAGACUAGGGUCAAAGACCUAAAGGAAGGAGAGACCAUAGACCUAAGGAAAGGAAUGGAGAGAGGCCCAAGCAAGUGCAACCAGGCUCGGAACAGUCUCCGCGAAAUGGAGUCCAAGUGCCGGCUCAGCCAGAGCGAGUGGGAGCAGUUGCACGAGGAGCUGCGGCUGUGCAAAGAAGAGAUCGAGCGGCUCAACGGCACCAUCCCCAUUGGCGGACGGGCCCCCCGUGCGCCCGAGCCCCCCGUCAUCUCACUCCCGUUCAUAGGACUGGUUGUCAUAGUGGCUCUGCUCUGGUGUUGGUGGGCCGAGACCUCAUCCUAACCCCGAUCAGGUCCCAGCCGGAGGGAUGAAGCCCUUGGCCGUCUUUGUCGCCUUGGCCGGGGCCUUGUUCCUGUAUCCCAGCCUGAAGAGAUGCAGCUCCAGUUGAAUGGGGGGGAGGCCUCCGUGGCCGCCCGCCGUGGAGAGGACCGCACACACACACACCACGCCGCACCCCCCUUUCCCCACCCCCCUUUCCCUUCUCCCUCUUGACCUUCGGAGGGUGGGCUCCGCAAUGGCCUAAUGUAGCAAACUCCCUCUCUUUCCAGCAUUUACGAAUAAGGGGGGGACCAAAUGGGGGGGAAGGAUGGGGUGGCAUUGGAGCUAUAGAAACAGGCUCCUCACCCUUCUGCCCAUAGGAUACGGGGUACAUCCCUUUGGGCUCCGUCCUCAAAGUUUUAGUGCUUCAUGCCCAGACCAAGAUGCACGAAGGAGGCCAGACCCCCUUUUCUAGGGAUUCAGAAGCACAGGAAGUAGCAGAAAACCCCGGUCCACUGACCCGUGCCUCUUUUUUAUCCUCAUUUGGGCCCGAACCCCCUUUAUAGGGAUUGAAAAUCUUAGGAAGGAGUUGAGAUCCCCUCUUUUAACCUCAGAUCUCCCUUGGUGACCAUUCUAUGACACCUUUUUGGGGAAGGGGCUUCUUAAGGCUUCUUAGGGCCACCCAGAGCAAUACCUAAUGCAUUGUUCCAAACACAGCCACGGAGGUAAAACAUUGGCAAUAAUUUUGGGGUUCGAACAGCACGCAAGGUGUUUGGGGUUGAGGGAAAAUCUUUGGGGGUCUCCCCAUAUUUUUCUUUGGCAAUACUUAAGGCCUGUCAUAACACUGUGAUGGGGACCCAAUGGGGGGGGGGGGUGCCCCGAAGUGGCCAAAGGAGAGCUCUAUGUGUCCCUCUGCUUUCUCCUUCCUUCCUUUGUCUCCUUUGAAAGUACUUCCAGAUGCUUCUCCUGAGCCUUUGGGUCCAUGCAUUGUGUCUCUGGCCCUCCUGCCCCACAUUUCCCCCUCCCCGGUUUGAUCACAGCCUUGGGAAAUGCUUGUCGGUCUGUGUCUCGGUGUGUGCAAACGCGGUCUUUGCAACUUCAAAGGUUUGGUGCUGCCGGAUAGAAAGGAUAGAAAUGUCUUGGAGUCAGGGGAAAAACAUGGGGGUCACUCAGCCUCCUUUCUAGCAAUGGAUCCCUCUCCGCUCCCCCCAAAACACAAUAGGUAGGGAUGUGGGGGGGCACAGUCCUUUGGAUUGCCACAAGCCAGCCUCUCUGGACCCAUUGGGCACGAAAUCCUGGCCCUGCAUGGUUUAUUCUGUGUGCGUCUGUAUGUGUCCAAGGGCAUUCCUUCGCCCUGUCACCUCGCGGUCGGCUCUUACUGUUUUUGUCUUCCCUCCCUCGGCCUUUUGCCCCACCGCCUCCACCUGAGAAGGGGCAGGUCACUUUUAAGAAAAGAAGCUCAAAACACACACAAACACACAAACACAAAGCUACCGGAGACUCUUUGUGGAUCUUUGUCUUUGUUCUAUGUUGUAGCUCAGUAAAAGAACGAAAGAUCUUUAUAAAUA